AUGGCCAAAAUGAGGUGCUUAUUAGUUGGCGUGAUCGUGUUGAAGAUCGUCGCCUUUGGUGCUGCUGAAGCUGCACCCGAAAGUCAAGCCCCGUGGACUCAUAAGGACACCGCACCUUCCACCGGGAUGACGAUGACGGACGGCCGAAACGUGAUCUCGCCGAGGAUGGACUUCGAAGAGUGGACGCCACUGGGACGAGGCGACCCGCUCAAGAAUGACCCGACGUUCGACUACCUGCCACCGGUGCUGGACAGAGUGCACUAUUGGAAAUCUCCGCCGGCGGCCAGUAACCGCGCUCACUAUUACUCCUCGUCCUUGUCCACGGCCACGCCGACCACGCCGCCGUCGCAGGCUGUCCACGGCGGUUACAACCGACGGUUCUUCCUGACGGACUUUUCCAAAAGGGAACCGGCGCAGGCCGCGUCUUACGCACCAAUAAAAAGACUGCCACCCAGCAAUAAUAUCAUACUGCAGCCUCAUCACCAUCACCCGCACAGUCACCACCACGCGCAACAGCAACAGAUGCAACACCACCUGCAGACGCUGCAGGCGGUGUCCGCGGCCGGUUACCACUACUCGAUGCACCCGGCCGCGCCCGCGCCUAGGACCCCGUUGCCGAUGCUCACUCCGCCGCCGUACCAGCAGUGGCCGGCCGCCGUGGAUGGUCAGCGACAGUCGUUGUCGUCGUCGUCGUCGUCGUCCCCGGACUUACCGGGUAACGCGGUGGCCGAGAGCAAACAACCGCCGCCGACCAUGGUCCGGGCGCCGACGCGGCUCGUUCCGCCGUCGUCCCAUCAGUCGGCGGUCAUCAAGGCCCUGUUGGACGACGAAGUUGACCGGACCACGGUGACGACGACCGGCACCCCCAUUACCGGAGCCGUCUGGAUGACGACGAUGAUGACGACGACCACGUCGACGCCGCCCCCGCCCCCGCCGCCGUCACUGACGACCACGACUACGACGCCACCGGCCACUUUCACGACCGCACGGACCACGCCACAGGUGGCCGUGACGGACCCGCUGUUCUCGCAUUACAGACAGUCACCGGUCACCGGCCGUCCCAUGUACCUCAUCAUACAGGGCCACUCAAAGGUCAAGACUUACGGACUGGCCAGCAAGUUGGACGACCUGACCGCGGCCCCCGUGGUGCAGGACCACAACCACAUAGGCAACCAACCCCCAGACGAACCGAGCCGGAGGAAACGCGACCACUACCACGGUACUCGUCGAUAA